GCAUGCGUCGUAUUUUUUACCAAUAAAAUCAAGUGAAACAAUUUGAAAACAACGAAAAUACGCCAAUAGUUUGUGUCUUGGAUAAAGUGUACAGUAUUGAGUAUAGAACGUUGCGCAUGCGCCAUUUGUUUGGGCUGAAUCUCAAUUGUCAAUCUGUCGAUUGUCGUAAUAAUCGUUGACACCCAUUUGUAGCCCACUCCCAUUUCAAUGGUCAUUAGCAUUUGCAUUCGAGUUGCGGCGAUGCGUUGAAUAGACUCCCAAAGAGAGAUGCUGCUCAGCGAGCUGCACUUCUGGACAACGCUGCGCGAUGAGGUGCGCAUCAAGAGCAGCGAUUUGGGCGCCUUUCGUUAUAUGCGACAGAGGGAGGUGUCGCAUGAGCUAACGGCUGUGGCGAAGCGGGAUUACACCGAGCGACGCCAUGGCUUGGCCGUGCUGAAGAACAGCCGGAAGGCGGCUGGCCGUCUCAAGGAUAAUCUAAAGAAGCUGGAGGAUCUGCUGCGUACACACAAACUGGUGCAUUCCGAGUGGCAGGAUGCGGCACAGGUGCUGCUCCUCUUCGACAACGGUUGCAUCGCCCACAUCUGUGUGGAUAUCUAUACGGGCGACAUACUGCGCAUGGUAUUUGAAAAGUAUCUGGUUGGAAAACUGGCCGCCGAGGUCAUUACCGAUGCAUUUUUUACACGUUCCCACAUCGUCUUGGCCUACAAUACCAACCAGCUGACGGUGGUGCAUUUGCAGCGUCCCAAUCUGCGACCGCUGGGGCCGGAGAAGAUUGCCAACAUGGAUCCGCGUAUAUUUCAUGUCAUCAUUCCGGGCGUCGCAUCGGAGCGUAAGUUGGCACGCCAUCUAGCGGUGAAUGGCAGCUUCGAUCUGUUUGUGGUCUGGACACAGUCCUCACAGAACGAAGUGUAUCCAUGGCGACCCACAAUACGCGAUCAGGAUCGUGCCAACAUUCACAUCUUCAAGAUCAAGGGUUUGCAGCUGGAAUCAAUUGCCUAUUGUUGGUCCGAGAAUGAUCCGUUGUGCGUGGACUUUUUGCGCAGCUCGGAGAAUCAGAUCAUCACACUGGAACAGAAGGUGUCACGCAAGGGUGACAUCAGUGCGGAGAUCUGCUCCUACGAAUUGACCACCGGCAAAAUGCAGCGCACGGCAAUUACCUCGAUUGCGAUGGGUACACAGAUCUGCUCCUUUGCAUUUAGUCCCGAUCAGGAGAAGCUCUUUCUGGGCAGCAUUGAUCGCAACAUUUGUCUACACGAUCUGGUAUUGCAGACCACCAAAUACGUCAAUCAAAUCGAGAUUGUGCCCACCCAGUGUGCCUGGCACUGUGACUCGGCGCUGUUGUGCGUAUCCAACGAGCGAUCGGUGCUCCAAUGCUUCGAUUUAGCCUUAUCGCCAAUUGGUAACCAACUGUUAAGUGAGAGCGUCACGCCGCUAAGUCUAUUGGAUCUAUCACACUAUUUUGCGACGCAGCCAACGCUACUUAGCAUUGCCUUCAGCCGUAAGCCGGAUUUGACGAGCUUUGCGCACACCUAUGCCCAAACGGAUUGCCUGCUUCUGUUACUAUACGAUCAGGGUCCGUUGGCUUGCAUGCGCAUCUUUGGUGGCGCCGGAAUGCGCGGUGAUAUACACAACUCCGGGCUGACGGCUGAUGUUAUUGCGGACAAGUAUCUGAGACUGCAGCAGCCGGAACGAGCAGUCAAUGUGCUGGCCUCUCUCAAUUGGGAGACCUAUGGAGCCAUGUGUCUGAUUACGCUGCACAAGAUUGCCAACUAUGUGUUCUUUGCGGGCGAUCAGCGACGGGCUCGAUUCGAUCUGAUGGCCAGGGCUUUGAGAACCUUUGCUCACACUCUCUCCGAGGACACAAAGGAUGAGUUUAGCGAUCAGGUUUAUGAUCUUAAAAGACGAUUCUGUUUUUUCCUGUUGCGCAAAAACUUAUUCAACGAAGCAUUUGAGAUUGCCCAGGACAUUGCGGACUACGAUCUGUUCAUGGAUCUUUAUAAUUUGACCAAAUGCAUUGCCAGCUUGAGUGAAUUCGCACAAGCCGCAUACAGUCAGGCCGCAGCCAUAAUCCAUGGAGAGGAUCACGUCAAUGGCAAUCUGAGUUUAAAUUCAGCCAGCGAUCUACGUCCCGAUUCCGCCUGCUCGCAAUCCAGCUACUCGCAGUCGCCAAGUCAGCAAGCUCUGAAAAACUAUGUGCCACCCUUGCCCUCAUUCAAGUCCAAGGUUUUCAAUGCCGAGAUGAUCAAGAUCAAUAUACCUAAGCCUGAACUGCGUCCGCCUUUGCCUGAGCUAAGGACAUCCAAGUUAAGCAGCGCGUCCACGUCAACGUCGCUGGUGGCACUUGCCCAGAAAAGUGCCAGCCAGGGUGCCACAAAGCACAUGCAUUCCAAUGGUAAUGGCUGGUCGCAGAAUGUACCGGAUCAGACAGUGGGUCUGCCCAUGCCCAGCACAACGGCGGUCCACAUCCAACCACGUCAACAGUCCACCUCUUUUGGUGAUCAGUCUGUUGCUCCUCCGUAUCAGCCCAAGUACUAUCAGCAUCCACUUGUGUCUGGGAACAUACCCGCGGUGCUGCCAACGCUAAGCAAUGAUGACUAUCAAAAGCGUUUGCUGCUCAAGAAACCAACAGCAUCCAUAUUGUCAAAUGCUGCACCGGCCCAACUUAAUGGUGAAUCCGCAGCGACGCCCAGUGUCAAAAGCACGCCAACUGAGAAGAACAAAGUGAAGUUUUCGGAUACAAUACAGGUGGCCGUAGUGCCUGAAAUUCCACGCAAAGAGAAGCCAAUGCCGCCCAAGCGCAAUGGUUACUCGCGACCAACGGCCCGACACUUGACCAAUCCCAGAAAGGAGCUGGCUGAUAGUUUACCACUUUGCCAUCCCAAUGAUGAAUACUUGAAGGAUUUUAAUCCAAUAAUUACAAAUGUUAGCAAACCGCCAACGCGUCGCCGAGAAGAGGAAUCGAGUAACAGCAAAACAACAGCGCCCAGCUCAUCAUCAUCAUCCAUUAAAGUGGUCCAUUUUGGCGUCGUCUAAUCGAAUACUUUAUAGUGCAAUUAAUUAGUUUACGACUCUAGAGUCUAGAUUCUAGAGUGUGUCUUUACAGUGUAACCAUUGCCGUCCAAUUAGUGCAAAGCUUUAAAUAGGAACGUUUUUAGAUACUUUCUCUUUCUCUCUAUCUAUUUUAUACAGAUGUAAUCAAUUAAAACUAGCGAUUAAUAUUUGCCAAUAUGCCAAA